GGGAGCUUCUGUUCUGUGUUGUUGCGUAUCCUGUCGAGCUGAGAGAGGAUGGCGGUGCUGAGUUUGCUGGAGAUGGGCUGCUCUUGGCUGGAGAAGGUCGCUGCCGACAGCCCGCUCUCCCUGUUGCUGGCCGCCUCUGCUUUCGUUUUGAGCUUGGGCUACCUGCUGCAGGUCGGCUCCCGGCAGCUGUCCAGCACCGGCCAGAAUUAUCCACCUUACAUUUCAUCAAAUAUCCCCUUUUUGGGGCAUGCAGUUGCAUUUGGGAAAAAUCCUAUCAAAUUUUUGGAAAAUGCUUAUGAAAAAUAUGGGCCUGUAUUUAGCUUCACUAUGGUGGGGAAGACGUUUACAUAUCUUGUGGGUAGUGAUACUGCUGCUCUUCUGUUCAAUAGUAAAAAUGAAGACUUGAAUGCAGAAGAAGUAUAUUCACGGCUAACCACACCUGUCUUUGGCAAGGGAGUAGCUUAUGAUGUACCCAACCCAGUAUUUUUAGAACAGAAGAAGAUGCUUAAAACUGGGCUGAAUAUAAGCCAAUUUAAAAGCCAUAUAUCAAUAAUUGAGAAAGAAACGAUAGAAUAUUUUAAAACUUGGGGAGAGAGUGGAGAAAGAAACUUAUUUGAAGCACUUUCAGAACUAAUCAUUUUGACAGCGAGUCACUGUUUACAUGGGAAGGAAAUAAGAAGCAUUCUUGAUGAGAAGGUAGCGCAGCUCUAUGCCGAUUUGGAUGGGGGAUUUACUCAUGCUGCUUGGCUUUUGCCAGGUUGGCUGCCUUUGCCCAGCUUCAGACGCAGAGAUAGAGCCCACAAUAAGAUAAAGUCCAUUUUUUAUGAAGUCAUUCAGAAACGACGAAAGUCUAUGGAGAGAAACGAUGACAUGCUGCAAACACUGUUGGAUGUUACCUACAAAGAUGGGCGUUGUCUAACAGAUGAUGAAAUUGCUGGGAUGCUUAUUGGGCUGCUGUUGGCUGGUCAGCAUACAUCUUCAACCACUAGCACUUGGCUUGGCUUCUUUUUAGCUAGGGACAAAUCAAUUCAGGAAAGGUGUUACGGGGAACAAAAGGCAGUGUGUGGAGAAGACUUGCCUCCAUUAAACUAUGACCAGCUCAAAGAUAUGACCUUAGUGGACCUUUGCUUAAAAGAAACAUUAAGACUUAGACCACCUAUAAUGACUAUGAUGAGGAUGGCGAAAACUCCCCAGACAGUUGCUGGGUAUACAAUUCCACCUGGUCAUCAAGUUUGUGUAUCUCCCACUGUCAAUCAAAGACUUAAGGAAUGUUGGACAGAAAACUUAGACUUCAAACCAGACCGUUAUCUCCAAGAUAACCCUGCAGCUAGAGAGAAGUUUGCAUAUGUGCCAUUUGGUGCUGGUCGUCAUCGUUGUAUUGGAGAGAACUUUGCUUAUGUACAAAUUAAGACGAUUUGGUCAACUCUUCUCCGUUUAUAUGAAUUUGAUUUGGUAGAUGGAUAUUUUCCUACCAUAAACUAUACAACCAUGAUCCACACACCUAAUAACCCUAUAAUUAGAUAUAAAAGAAGAUCACACAGCGCAACGUAGCUUCUUGCAUCUAAAUAGUAGAGAAGCCUUUCUGUACAAGUUAUGUGAAGACUGUUAAAUGAAGAGGCUGUUCAUUGCCUAGUAUUGUGAAGAAGUGUUGAAUGUUGUGCAGUUGGAGUACUAAGUGAGGGGUUAUUUGUUUUUAUAUAUACCUAUAAUUUCUUACCCUACACUUCUGAUUCUGAAAUGUGAAUAUGUAUUAUAUUUGUGACCUUUAAAUCUAAACUCUUACAAAAUAAUCUUGAGUAGGUUUAGAAGUAACCUACCACAUUUUUUAAGCAAAAAGAUCCAUUAGCAACAUAAUCUGGUGUCCUUCAAAAUACUGGGAUGGAAAAAAUUAAGUUCCAGUAUCACUGACUCCUGUAAUACAAUGGCAAUUUCAGUUUAUCUAAACUGGCACAGUGUAGUGUGCCAAUUAAGCCAAGAAUACUAAUGACAGCCACGUAUCAAAGAAUGGGCUAGUGUAUUUUCCAGAAAUGACAUUCUGUCUGUUGCUUCUAAACAAACUUUAUAGCCUUAAGUUCAGAAUCUUCCAUGAAGAGCAAUCUUACUGCCAACCUUAUGAUCUAAUAGAAUUUGAGAUUCCUGGUACUUAAUGUGAUUGGCCCUUUAUAAUAAAGAGGUAGAUUCAGGUAUCACAUAAUAUAUUUUCUAUAGCACAUGCCAGCUCAAAGCCAGGAGGGAUAAAGAAUAGAUAUGACACACCUACAAGACUAAAUAAAUGAUCUGCAAAGAGAACCAGCUAGCUUCUCCAACACCUGUUACAUGUAGCAUGACUUGUUUAAGGAGUAGCAAUUAGACAUGUAGAAUGUUAGUUGUAUUUAUCAGAAUCUAUUAAUGGAAAACAUUUGUGGCUUGACCCACUGGAAUUUCAGUAAAGUUUUUAAUUAAA